UAUCAUGGAGAUCUUAGAAUGCCUGAAUGUAGCCUUGCAAGGCAGAGAACAAACCAUAUCAGGACUUUUAGCAAGUGUACAACGGACCCAUGAUGCUAUACAAAAGUUACGAUGUGACACGUCCUUUGAAAGAGUUCUUGCUACCACUAUUCAUUUAGUGGAAAAAUACGAGCUAAAAGAAGUUACUGUACCAAGGCAACCUAAUAUUCCUAAACGUCUUCAACAUGGGCCAACUGAACAAUUUCAUGCAAAGACUGUGAAGGAAUACUAUUGUCCUCAGUAUUUCCAAAUAAUGGAUAUUAUAUCGACGCAGUUAAUACAGCGCUUUGCCCAAGAGGGCUUACUUGUAUAUGAAAAACUGGAACAUUAUCUGUUGACCGGACAAGCUAGUGAAGUUCUUCCCCAGUAUCCAGAGAUUGAAUAUCAUCUGCUCUCUGCCCAGAUAACCACCUUAUCAAGUGUUUACAAGUACACUUCAGUCUCUGAGGUUGUAGAUAUUUUGCGAAAGAUGCCUGCCAGAGAAAGAUGCUUUUUCUCUCAAGUACAAAAAAUUGUCAGAAUCCUAUUAACUAUUCCUGCUUCUUCCUGUGAAGCUGAGAGAAGUUUUAGUGCACUGCGUAGAUUAAAAACCUGGUUAAGGUCCACAAUGACCCAGAAACGUUUGAACCAUGUUGCUAUAUGCAACAUCCAUAGAGACAUAAUGGAUAAACUAGACAUUGAAGCCAUAGCAAAGGAAUUUGCAAUGUGUUGUGAUCGCCGCAAAAAAGUUUUUAGAUUUUAA